AUGACGGAUUUCCACCAUUUCGAUGUUCAAUUCAUCUGCGACGACUGUGAUAAUGAUCUCGUCACAAUUACAUCCAAUUGUGACUCGGAGGAGAAUAUCAAGUGCACAUUUCAUCAAUUGGAUAGCAGAUUUUCUGAAGGAACCAAAAUUGCAUGCCAAGUGAUAACUAUCUCAAAUACUUUUUCCACCGAAGCUAUCACGAUCUGGAACUCAGAACAACAAGCAUUCUUACAUAUGAUCCUCUUGCUUUUCUUAUUCAUUUUGGUCGUAUCAAUCAUUAUUUUCUCACUGCUUUGGCUGUGCUCCACUACAACCACCGAAACAUCAACAGAAGACAGAAAUGAAUACGACUCUUGA